UAUGCAGCAUCCUCAUCUCACAACCAUAUAUUCCUCCUUUUGUCAUUCCUCUUCUUUCACAUGGAGCAAACUAAAGCGGUGGCGCUGGUGGUCGGAGUCACGGGCAUGGCAGGCCUGAGCCUCGUCGAGGCUUUGAAGAAGCCUGAGGCACCGGGCGGCCCAUGGAAAGUCUACGGCGUGGCCCGCCGUGCUAGGCCUUCCUGGCUCCCAGCUUGUGGUUUCCUAGAUGACUACAUCUCCCUUGACGCAACCGACUCCAAGGACACGCACAAUAAGCUUGCCCCGAUCUCCCGUGAAGUCACCCACGUGUUCUGGGUGGCACUUCAGGCACUAGACAAUGAAGAACAGAAAACAACCAUCAAUUCAACCAUGUUGGUCAAUGUUCUUAACGUUCUGGUGACCAGCCCGUCUCCGGGGGCUUCAGCACUGCGCCAUGUCAAUCUCCAGACGGGGACCCAACACUACAUGGGGCCCCUGCACGAGUUAUCAGCUCUCUCCAGCCACCUUGUCCCGCACGACCCACCCUUCCGUGAGGAUUCUCCUCGGCUCCCAUAUCCCAACUUCUAUUAUGCCUUGGAGGACAUUCUGCUCUCGUAUGCACCUUCCAUAACCUAUUCCAUACACAGAGCGUCUAUCAUAGUCGACGCAUCCUCCAGGAGCGUAUACAACGCGCUUCUCACACUAGCCGCUUAUGCGGAAAUCUGCCGGCACACAGGAUUACCGUUCAGGUUCCCGGGAACCCAGUACACAUGGGACCACUUCUGCGAUGUGACGGAUGCAAGAGUUCUUGCAGAGCAGCACAUAUGGGCUGCCACCACGGACAGCGCCAAGAACCAGGCCUUCAACUGCACAAACGGGGACUUCUUCACGUGGAAGAGCAUGUGGAAAGUGCUGGCCAAGUCCCUGAGGGUUGAGUUCGUGCCCUUCGAGGAGAGCGGGGAGUUCGAUUUUGUGGGACUGAUGAAAGACAAAGGGAAGGUGUGGGAUGAGAUUGUGGAGAAGCAUGGGCUUUACAAGACCAAGCUGGACGAGAUUUCAUGUUCUGUUGCUCUGAGUACUGUUCUGCACUUCACGUUUCAGCACGUGAGUAGCAUGACCAAGAGUCGCGAGUUCGGGUUCUUUGGGUUCACCGACACAUUUAAGAGCAUCCCGGUAUGGAUCGACAGGCUUAGGAAAAUGAAGAUCAUACCGUGA